UUUUAGCCCAACACUGUUCAAAAGAGCGUAUGUGUUUAUUGAUUUUUAGUACUUUGACUUCGUCCGCUCGCCCGAAUUACGUUGUCUAGUAAAUUUUAGAAAUGCAACAACAGUUGUCACAAAAGAAGACCAACAGCUGGGAUGCGUAGGUCUAAAGGCGAUCUUUGAACCUAUUUCUCAGCAUGCAUACGAGACAGAGCAUUGAGCGAAGACCAGGAACGAUGACAUUCCAGCCUGACAGCAUUGUGCUGCCGUACACGUUUUUUGGCCGUUUCACUCAUCGCCGCAAGCUAGAAGGCGUGCGAAGCAUGAUGAUAUUGAAGGGUUGGGGUUUUUUUGAGGCUUUAAAAGACAUUCAGAAUGGAGGGCUAUUGCAACAAUGGAAAAUGUGUACAUUUUGAAAAAUUUUUUACGAAGUUUUAGUUCGGUUUUUUAGAUGCGGGACAUAAUUUUGCUUAGAGUAAUUUAUGUUGACCGAUGCUUUCCAAGUCGCUUGAGGAUCAGAUCUCAGACCUUGUCUGCCCGAGACCUAGAGUUUUUUAGUAUGGAUUCGGCGUGGUGGCCAGAGCAGAAAAAUACUUGACCGGUCUCGUCCUUUAAUUUUACCCACUGACAAGAAAUCCUGAAAUACCCAAGAUUAUGAUCCCGAGACGGCUGACUGGAGUAGCGCGACAACUCUACCGUCACCUUCGGAUACCUACGAUGGACAGCUGUCUGAGGAACGUGAUGAAGACUCCACCGGUCGACGAGGGAUCAAAUCGAGAAGACUUUUGUACAGAGCUCGACCUGCAAUGGGUCCCAAAUAUCGGGGCAAAGUUGCGACCAGAGCUUCUUUAGGGUUCGCAGAUGACGAUUCUGAUGUAUCCGAGUCGGCGGAAGAGGAAUCAGAUGAAGAAUUUGAAGAAGCAACAGACAAGCAAAAUACAAACAUGGUUGAAUUCGAGCGAGAUUUGACUACCUUAGAAACAAGUCUGGUGAGUAGCCACCAAUCAGGCGAAAAUGAAGUAGAAUCAAAGACAUUGAAUAACAUCUCAAAGGACUCUGACGACGAGUUACAGAAGGCCCUACAUGUUUCAAACCAGCGAUAUUUGUGGAACUUUUUGGUUGAAUUGCGCCUUCAAUUACAAGCACCACUAGAAUUCAGCAACCGUCUCCCGCAGCACGAUACAUUUCCUUUCUUCUUCGACAUUGAUCAAUCUAUCAAAGACCUAACUUCAGAACCGUCCCAUGAAACUUCAAACCACGCGGAAAAUUCAGGUGAGGGAGGCCUGCCAAGUUCGGCACUUAUUCAAGAAAAUGUCUUUCAUUUGAGAAAGAAUAUUCGGGAUGCUUUAAGCAAAUUGCUGCUUUUACAAUCUCAUCUAGAAAAAAAUAACCCUGAGACCUUGAAUGGUCUCUCAAGCGCGGCAAAAAAUUCUUCUAACAAGAAGCGGAUACGCACUGAGUUUGAGUCUGAUUGGGUGAUGACGGCCGACUUGGAUACACUUUGGUCUGAGAUUUAUUGCCGUCAAUCGCUGCAAAAUAAAUAUCACGACUCUGUACUAGAGAUUUGGAAUCGGAAGGUGACACUCGCCUCCAACAUUCGAAUCUCUGCUUUCAAGGCUAUGAAUCAAAGCAUUUUCAGCCAAGUCGAAGAAACCAUGAAGAACAGAGAAAAAGUUUUGAAAAAAACACAAAUGAAAAGAACGCUCGACCGCGUACUUGGAAAGCCUGAUGAACCUGCUUCUGAAAGUCGAGAGCACGUUUACGACGAAGAAAUUUACGAUGACCGGGACUUUUACCUGAGCAUCCUCAAAGGCGCCAUUGAAGAAAAAAGCCCUGGAUCGACUGACCUUACCGAUUUGACAAUGCGGUUUUUGGCUCUGCACCAGGAGAGGAAAAAAGCAAAAUCUCGAAAAAUCGAGAAAGGAAUCAGGAAAGGAAAGAAGCUUCGAUACAAUGAGCACGAGAAGUUGGUGGCUUUUAUGGCCCCUGUUACAAAAAAAUAUCCUAAGUAUGAUUCUUAUGUGACUACACAACUUCUGUGUUCGUUAUUCGGCCGCAAAAAAACUAGCACAUAACGUGCAUGCGUUAGCGUUGUAAAACUCUUAUCGUACCAAUGACCCAUUCCUUACAAAGGGAGUCUCUCCCUGAUUUACUGGUUCAUCAGUUGUCACGAUCUUUUAAGGGGCUUAUCGACAAUACGAAUCACCAGCUUUUCGAAGCACACAGAAUCCUCAUUUGGACGUUCAAACAUAAUCGAAAUGGCUCUUUAAUUUUGUGUCAAUUGCAACGGGGCACCAGCUCUCUAGCAAUUCAUAUGGUUUAUUUGUACCUCUAAUAUUGCUCCAAUCAUACUUCUGGUCUGCAGUUUCUGUCAUUGCCCGGUGAUGUAUUAAAGGGUGCAGAUGCGAGCUCUGCACACGUCAUGAAUGCACUUUGUCUGCAAGAUAUACCUGGCCUGUCUUAUUCUAUGCCUCAAUUCUGAUUCCUACUAAAAUGUUUUUACUGCAUUUUUGACCGUAAGCUUUUUCGCCAAAAGCCGCCAGUUUUCCACUUGGUUCAGUCCUCCUCUAUUUGCGAUGUUAGGUAUCUUGGUGCUGAGGACACUCUCUGGUUGCUCGGGAUUCGCAGUUUUUAAACGCGUUGACACGAAAGCUUUAGCCGGCGCAAGACAGCGAGCAGCACGCUUAGACGUUUUUACCUGUACCAUUGACUGGUUCAGAUAGAAGCGGUCGACAAGGUUGCAAAAUUCAAUGCUUCCAUCUCGGUGGCCUUAGUACAUCAGACGUGUCGGAUGCACAAAUUACCUAAAAUUAUCUUUUUAGAGUCUGCGGAAGAGUUCUGCCUUGAGCCUGAGUUUGACCUUCAUUUUUGCUAUUGAGAA